AUGACUCUUUUGCUUGCAGACUCGAUCGUGCAAGUAGCUCAACGCGCCCCUGCGCUGCCAUCCGCCGUCCAAGAGGCCCUCCGCGCCGACACGUACGCCGCAGCGUCGACGGGUGGAGUAGAUGCUGACAGCGACAUGGCCUUCUGCGCCACCGCCCAACAUGUGCUGGCCUGGCGCUGCUCCUCGGCGGCACCUACCGCGUUCCAGUUUCCUGCGCCGGUCUGCGCCGCUCCUGCAGAGCCGCCGUUCUGCACGUUUCUGCCACGUCCCCUGAGCGCCAGCGCCGAGCCUGCCGUGCUGCUGUGCUCAGCCUCGGGCCGUCUAUCGUUCUGGAGCGCUCUGAGCGAUGCGCUCACCUCAGACUCGGACCCCUCUGCGGCCCUGCCAUCACUCCCACUGCGCAGCGCGGAGCGUGUGACAGCGGUAUCCCGCGUCAACAAUAGCCAAGUCCUGACCGGUACAUCACUGGGUCGCCUAUUCCGGAUCUGCAAUCUCGUGGUGGACGAGCUUGCGGUGCAGCGUGGCCUCCUUGGUCGCUGGCUCGGCGGCUCCUCGAUGCGUGAGGGCGAGCUGGCCGUGCAGGCCCUGGUGGUCAGUGCACCCGUCGACACGGGCCAUGUGCUUGCUGUGGCUGUCAGCGUGGGCGCUGCACACGUGUGGCGCCUGCCAGUGGGCACCUUUGCCGAGACGCAGGCGCCGGCGUUCGUGAUGGCCGACAUGGACCUCGGCAAGACGAUUGCCGCCCGGUCACUCUAUCUCAGCGGCACGCGGUACAGCGCAGCGAUGGCUCAGCAGAUCCAGAUUAUUGAUGGUGCCUAUGACAGCGUAUCAAAUAUGCUGGCGCUCCUCGUGAAGGACGAGUCACAGUCCACGGCACACUACGGCAUUGCCGUUCUGCCGUUGCAGCCGACCGCGACGUCCCUGAACGUGCAACAGUGGGUGACGCUGCAGUACGAGCAGGCUCAUGACCCUCGCGCACACUCGAUGCCGACCUUGCGCUUGUCUCAGUCGCACCCCACCAUUGCCUUUGUGUCAUUCACACACGCUGUGGUGGCCGUGCUGCUCAGCGAGCACACGCACCAGGAGGAGUCACUGCGCCUGCGCGACGGCUCGAACCGGAUCGUGGGAGGGUGCGUGCCGACCGACCCCGAAUGUGUGCACUGGAUUGGCCUGACGUCGGAGAGCGGCAUGCUUCAUGUGUACGUCGAUGCGCAGCGCGCUAUGCAGCACAUGCAGGACCUGCAGUCCCAUUCGCCCCGUGCGCAGGACGCGCGGGCGAGUCGUCUGGAGGAGUGCCUGGAGCGUGCGAUGUGCUUCGACGAGCCACAGAACCCGCUGCAGCUGGAUGCGCUGCCGGAGCACAUGGACGAGGGCCUCGUCGAGCUUGCCAUACGACGCGUGAGCUCGCGGCUCCUUGACAGCUCGCUGCGUCGGCUGCGUCCCACCGUCGAUCUUCGCACGCAACUAGCGCAGCGCUCUGCAUUCGCACAACGCCUGAUCGAGGUGCUUGGCAGCAGCGGCUACCUCGUGCACCUCUCGGUGACGCUGCGUACAAUGCUGCGUGCCAAUGCCGAGCUCUUGGCUGGCGCAGGCGACCUGUGGCGCUACUACGAUACAGGCGCGCGCAUGUCGUUGCUGAGCGAGGCCAUUGAACUCGUGUUAGGCACACGCAACGAGCGCCUGUUCUUCGAGACGAGCCUGGCACAGGUGCCGACGCUCUUUUAUGCGCUCCGCCGCCUGCUCAGUCCUGAAAACAGUGUGGAGUGCACUCGUCUUACGCUGGCCCUGCUCCUAGGCUCGGUGCGCUACCGUGAGGAGAACACGAAACUGUACUUGUUGCCGCUCAUCCCGCAGGUCGAGUUUGAGCCAUGGUACGCAAGCAGCGUGUGCAUUGAGCUGCUCGAGAGCCUCUUCGACCUAGCGCUGCAGCGCCACGAAGCCGACAUUGUCGAUGCGGAGCGUCGUCCCCACAUGUGUGCGCUCGCCGAGCUGAUUCUCGGCGCAUACGAUGCGCGCAUGGCCUCCAUGCUUACGGACAAGACACGCUCGGACGUGGCGGAUUCAUUUGUGCGUGCCCGUUCGCGUCUGCUGCACUCGCUGCAGUCCGUCGGAUGCAGCGACAAGGCGUAUGAGCUUGCUGAGCGCCACGGCGACUAUCGCACGCUCGUGCAGCUCUGCAUGAACGAGCGCCGCGCGGACAGUGAGAACAGCCCCGUCGAUGUGCGUAUCGAACACUACCUCGACACGCUCGGCCUCGAGUUUGCAGACGAGCUGUAUCUGUACUACAUCCAACAGCGCGAGUUUCGCCGCCUCCUCGAGCCGCGCACUGAGCAUGCGGACCUUGUCACGGCCUUCUUUGAGCGCCAUGAGCGCUAUGCCAAGAUCUCGUGGCUCCAUGGCAUCAAUGUGGAUCAGUUCGCCGCUGCCAGCUCGACGCUGCGGCAGAGCGCCGAUGAGGAAGAGAAUGUGGUUGACAAGCAGUCCAUGCUUAGCCUCAGCAAGCUCAUGUACCUUGGCUCGCUCAUGUCGCCGUCCAUUGAGGAGGAGCACGUGCAGCAAAAGCUGGAAGACUGGGACGAUGCGCUCGACUUGGUCAUGGUGCAGCGACGUCUUUUCAAGCGCUGGUGCGAUGCGCUUAUGAUGGCAACAUCCACUCCGGAGGUUCUUGCUGAAAAUGUCGCCUCGGCCCUGGCUACGCGUCUGGACCAGCAGCCUGCGUUGCGCGCCUUGUUUGUGGAACUUGCCAUCUCGGUCGCUGAUGCGCGGGUGGUCACAGCGCUGGAUAUGGCUGAGCUGCUCUCCCUCCAUGAUCGCUCAUUUGCGGCGCGCCCUGAGGCCGCACUCAAUGACUCGACGGUAGCCAUUCAGCUGCUGGCUCGAAUGGCGGAGCCAUCGGAUGAGCGCGACGCCACCCUGGCGUGUAUCUGGCGCCGCGUGUACCUAUUAGACGACUGGUACGAGCUCGGUGACGUCACAACGCUCUCGGACGACGACGUGCUGGAGCGCAUCUAUGGAACGGUGGCCUUCCAGACCGCCUGCGCUGUGCUGCUGGACCUCACCACGCUCAAUAUGUUUGUGGAGCCUGAGGUGCUGUGCCAGAUCCCUCCGCCGACCACGGACAUUUUGCGAACACGCUUCCCUGGUCUGGCGGAAGAGCAGCUUAGCAGUCUGGAAGCAGCCAUGGCUGAGGAGCACGAGGCACUUCAAGUGCUCUGCAAUGAGACCAAGCUGGUCGUCUUUAUGGAGCGCGCUGUGGCAAAGAUUGACGACGAGAAGAAGUCGUCGUCGGAUGUGCUGGCGCACCUGGAGCAUGCAGAGACCUCUCGGGCUCAGGCGGCACACAUUCCUACAAUGCCGGGCGCGGCGCCCGUCGUGCCCGCGGUGUCUCGCAUGGACGAAGGUUUGUAG